AUGAGCGCACUGUUGCUGGAUGAAGCAAGUCUGAUCGACUUGCUCUCGCCGCAUGCUGCGGCACUGGAAGAAUACGUUCCCUACUCCUUUCCGGCCUACUUCAUCGCGCUUGCGGGUGCCGGGCUAGUGCGCAGCGCCUGCUGCGGGCUGGUGAGCAAAGCAAAAGGAGGUGAGGAUGGUGCGCCGUCGUCGAAAAUUUCGCUGGUUUCCCAACCGAUCCAAUUUGCGCACAAUGUGUUUCUGGCCUUGCAGUCCGCGUUUCUGAUGUACGUGAUUGUGCUUCUUUACAAGGAUACGCAGAUCCUCAUAGAGAAGAACGGGAACAAGGACCCAAGUUUCUACACCGUGAUGACGCAGUCGGAAAUGCGGCGGCAAUCCCAGAUUUUUCCCGUCGCUCUGGUUGCGUUUCUGGCGUCAAAACUGUACGAGACGCUGGAUACGGUAAAAAAAUGCCACAGUUCUGUUUGAUGUAGUUGUGGACAUCUUUCGUCACAACUAGCACCAGUGGUAUUUGCUUAAACUAGGAACCUGCUGUUACCUGCGUUGAUGUAGGUGCGGACAAAAUUAUCACCUAUGCUAAAAAUGCUUGGAGAUGAACUGAACCCAUCGCCUCCGUUAUCACGAAUAAACAGGUGAUCCUGAUUUUGAAUGGGAAGCCGCUGCUGAUGCUGCACGUCUGGCACCAUGCCACCACCUACCUCGCCUUUUACACUGGUCUUUUCACCGGCGCCGGGUUUUGGAUUGGUAUGCUGAACUCCUUCAUCCACGUGGUCAUGUACCUCUAUUACGCGAAAAUUCCCGGCAUGGCCAAGAUUGCGAAGUACAUUACCAGCAUGCAGAUCUUCCACCUGUUCGGCGGCUUCGUUUGGAAUCUGAUCACCUUUUCGCAGUACUACGACGAGGACAGUAUUGACGGUGCAGCUGCGGGUCAGAUUAGUAAAAAAACAUCAUCCUACCGGCCCUUCACCUGCGCGCUGGCUGGACCUACUUCGCAGAGCGGUAAAACACUAGCCAGCAAGCCGUUCUGGUACGACUCCGUAUUCGUCCGCCCAAUCGACCAAGCAACCACGUCCUGUCUGCUCACCUACUCGGCCUUGAACGCGUUUCUCUGCUUCUCGUACUUCUUCCUAUUCCUAGCGUUUUUCUCCAAGAAAUACCACAAGAACGGCUCAAUUUGGACCUUGUUCGGCGUGCCGAAGGUGGUUUGCAAUGUCGUGUUCAAGCUGCAAUCUGUGUUUCUGCCGAAAAUGGUAAACCAGUACUUGCAGGACCAGGGACUGCUGGUGCGCGGCAGCGGAGAGUCGUCCAUUUCGAAGAACCGCGAAGGAAUUUCGACCACGAUCAGCAACGAGUCUUCCUCUGUUAUGAACCCCUCGAAGAGCACCACGCUGCUCGAACAAACUGAUGCGGAGUUUCUCAAUGUGGCCAAAGCGCCUGAGAUGAAGAAACAAAAAUGA